AUGCUAGUUUUACAAACGAUCGCUUUCUUCUAUAUUCUGAUAUGCGCAGAGGAUUCAACUAUUCCCGAAGAUGACCUUCAAUCGAGCAGUGGGGGUUUGUUACUGAGAGUAGUCCUGAAGUCUAUUCAAGCACUGAACGAGUACCGAAGAGUCCUCACAGCCGACCGUCGAUAUCGACUUCUUCUGGGACUGAAUUUAUUGGCUUUUGGAGUAGAACUUCUUAUAUUCGCUGGGCUGAUGGACAUACAGUACUCCUAUCUUCGAUUCAAAUUGGGAUGGGGAGAUAAGGAGUACGGAUGGUUCAGCGGGCUACAGUAUGCUGUAACAACUGCUACUGUAAUGGUCGUCUAUCCGCUGCUAUAUAUUCGAGGAUUUACUGACGGUAUUCUGGGAUGCCUUGGCUUAUUUGCAAAGAUUAUAUCAUUGAUCAUGCUUGCCUUUGUAGCAAAUACAGGAAUGGCUUAUUCAGUAAUUGGUAAGUAUACAUCUUUCGAUUCCAUCCAAUCCAUUAUGAUACUUCCCAUAGUUUUCACCUCUCUGAACCGUUUCGUCUCAACUGGAUUCCGGUCUUUCAUUUCCAGCAUCAUCGAAACCAGUGAACAAGGUAGAAUGUUCUCGGUGAUCGCCUUGUUGGAAGGCAUUACAGGAAUUCUUGCUAGUACAAUUUUCAAUAAUCUAUACCCAGAAACGUUGGACUUUUUCCCUGGAUUCCUCUACAUUACAAGUGCCGUCCUGCUACUGAUUCCUCUUCUGAUUUUAGGCAUUUCUGAUCGACGGGUGAGCUUGACUACAGACCGACUGCACGACAAUGUUGUGCCAAGAUCUCUAGAAGACGUUCCAUAA